AUGGGAGAGUUCACACUAGUUCACAUUAGAGAAAAGCGGUAUAAGUGCCGUGACUGUGGGAAGUCCUUCAGUAGAAGGUGUGAGUUCACUAGACACCACAGAGUUCACACUGGAGAAAAGCCAUAUGAGUGUAGUGAAUGUGGGAAGUCCUUCAGUCAAAGGUGUAACCUCACUAUACACCACAGAGUUCACACUGGAGAAAAGCCAUAUGAGUGCAGUGAAUGUGGGAAGCAUUUCAGUUCAUGCUCUACCCUCACUGUACACCACAGAGUUCACACUGAAGAAAAGCCAUAUGAGUGUAGUGAAUGUGGGAAGCAUUUCAGUUCAAGCUCUACCCUCACUAUACACCACAGAGUUCACACUGGAGAAAAGCCGUAUGAGUGCAGUGAAUGUGGGAAGCAUUUCAUGGUAAGGGCUUCCCUCACUAUACACCAUAGAGAUCACACUGGAGAAAAGCCAUAUGAGUGCAGUGAAUGUGGGAAGCAUUUCAGGGAAAGGGCUGCCCUCACUAAACACCACAGAGUUCACACUGGAGAAAAACCAUAUGAGUGCCGUGAAUGUGGGAAGUUCUUCAGUCGAAGGUCUCACCUCACUAUACACCACAAAGAUCACACUGGAGAAAAGCCAUAUGAGUGCAGUGAAUGUGGGAAGUAUUUCAGGGAAAGGGCUGCCCUCACUAAACACCACAGAGUUCACACUGGAGAAAAGCCUUAUGAGUGUAGUGACUGUGGGAAGUCCUUCAGUCAAAGGUCUCACCUCACUGUACACCACAGAGUUCACACUGGAGAAAAGCCAUAUGAGUGCAGUGAAUGUGGGAUGCAUUUCAGUCAAAGGGCUCACCUCAUUAAACACUGCAGAGUUCACACUGGAGAAAAGCCAUAAAUGUGCAGGGAAUGGUUUAUUUUUCUCACUUAUUAUAAGAACAGUUAAGGGGGUCUAUGAGACACUUUUCAUGAAUGUAAACCCGUUUUAUGGGAACAUACACUCUGCUAGAUGCCUCAUAAAUCUGAGGUACAGGUGAGACUUGAAGGAGCUGCAUUGCACUAGCUAACAUGGCCGGACUUACCACCCAAAUGAGGUCACUGUCUCUUUGUCGCUGAGGAGAUUUCACCUCUAACACCUGACUCACCUGAGGAGUGUGCAUCGGUCACCGCCCCUGGGUGCUCAGGGGAAUGUAUUCUGUGUUCUCACUUCUGCUGGAAGUCAUUAUGGUUCCUCCACGCUCUUGGCAGUAUCUUCAUUCAUUUCUCUGUGACGAGAAAAUGGACCUGACCCAGGAUUCAUCCUGAGCACCCCUUCUCAGCUAAGAAGUGCCACCUCUUUCAGGGACAUAGUGGUACUCACAUUAUGCUUUGAUAAAUUUGGGGGGAUUCUUAUUCACCAACCUGCAAACCUCUUAUUCUCCUGUGCUCUAGUUUAGAAUCUUUUUAAAGGUAUUUUUACAUUUGUACCUUUCAUUUUGGUUUUAUUCAUUGCCACAGAUGAUUUGCAAACACAAAUGUGAUCUUUCACAUUGUAGAGAUGAAUAGCUAUUGUGUUUAUCCAAAAGUGUAUGUGGUUUGAAAAGACAACAUAAUGUCCGGAAAUCACUUUCUGUCCAAUGUUGGCUUAUUACUUAUUGCGGCCCGUGCCCUGAGAAGAAAGGCCACGUGACUUUGUGCAUUUAAUUUUCAGUCUAGUGCCUCGAUUAUUGGUGAGGGCAAAGGUCAGUCUGAAGAGGAGACCUUUGCUCUGCUUCUGUGACUAAUAUGAUCCAUGUUCUCUGUUCACAGUAUGUACUACAUAAGCCUCAGCAAUGGUUAGGGAGCCUGCUAUCCAUGUCCUGCCAAGGAGACAUGUGCCAGGAAGUUUGACAUUUCAUAGGCUGGUGUCAUUUGUUGUCAGUCUCUGAGGUGGAACCACAAUGAGGACAGAAACACUGUUUCAAUAGUGAGUGGGAAAACCUGCAGGAAAUUAGGUGAUAAGUGCCUCUUCUGAACAGAAGGCCACAGAUGUUCUGGGGCCCCUGGCUUGUGUGGCCUUCAUGUGCAGACAUUCUCAGGACCUCCAAAACUGUUCCGUGUGGCUGAUGUCAUUGGCAGAAUAAUCUAAUGGUGUUGUGUAUUCCCUGGCCCCUGUAGGGUGUUCACAUAAUGUAGUUGCUCAACAGGCAAGAAGGCAAAGGUAGAAGAAGGAUAACCCUGCCAUCUGUCCCAGGAUGUCUUUUGUAUGUAGUCAGCAUUCCUAUUGAACUUGAUGGCAAUACUUUGUUGUUUUUUUACAUACUUUUAUGAUUUCAGACAGAGAGAGAGAGAGAGAGAGAGAGAGAGAGAGAGAGAG